GAGCGGCGAGUGGCGAGGCGGCAGCGCCCGCCCAGCAGAGGCUGCUGUGGCAGCGCUGUCCCUGCGGCGGCUGUUCCACCGAGCAAACGGAAUCCUUCCUGCCCCGGCCGUCUGCUUGGCUUUCCCUGGUCGAUUUUUUAGGGGAACUGCCCGCUGCCCGCCGCCUCCGUGUCUCACUGGGUCCCCGCGCCCUCGGGGAUGGCGGCAGUUACUGGUUCCGUUGCGACCCUGGCCUGUCCGGGUCCCGUUCCCAGCGCAGGUGUCAGGGCAGCUCACUCCCGCUCAGCUGCUGCUCUGCGGGAAGCCUCGCGAGCAGUUCCGCGGGAAGUGGCCCCGCGCGGGCAGCAGGGGGCGCUCGCUGGCCCGACCCGGCCUGCACGGGCGGUCCCGGGGCGCGCGGCCCGGACCGUGAGGGAGGUGCGGCUGAGGAAAGGAAGGAGGAGAGCAGACAAGUGCAGGUUUAUGAACACACUUCUCUGCAGGUACAGACCUCGUGGGAUGGGCAAUGCAGAGUGAAGCAUCGGAUGCGUUUCUCAGCAGUCUCAGCACAGCAGAGUCCAGGCUGCACACCUAGGCUUUGGAUCAGAGCCUGAAUUUCCAGAGAGCUAGAAGUGGGAUCCCUACUGCACUCUUCAUUUUAAUGGUGUCUGCACUGUAAGAUGAGCAUGAGAUCUCUGUGCUCUGCAGAGCUCGGCAUCCUCCCAGCUCAGUGUUCAUCUGUGAACAGAACUUUGCCACCUUUGACUUAGCUGUUCUGGGCAGUCAGUGGCUGUGGAGGCCUUCAGUGAAAAUGUCAAAGUAACAUCCAGUCAGACUUUGCAUGGCAUGAGGCAGAAACAGGAUUUUCUAGCAUGGUAUCUCUCUCCUCAUUUUUAACAAAUUCUCACUGUGACGAAGUUACUUUGUCCUGAAAGCUGAUAAAGGUACUCCUGCAAAACCCUUACCCGUGAUGAUUCCACCAUCUGCAACCAGCCCUGUCAGUGAUGCUGCACUCUUGCCAAGCGUGGCUUCUCAGGAAGUGUGGAGGUCACCAGUUCCAGGCUAUUCUGGAUUGGUCACACGGCACAUAAGUCAUCGGGCCAACAACUUCAAGAGACAUCCAAAAAGAAGAAAACAUAUCCGCCCUUCGCCACCACCGCCACCAAAUACUCCAUGUCCUAUUGAUUUGAUUGACUUUGGGGAUCUCCAGCCUCAGAGGACUUUCUUGGAACUCCUGUUCAAUGGGUGCAUUCUCUUUGGGCUUGAAUUCAGUUAUGCCAUGGAAACAGCUUAUGUUACCCCUGUGCUGCUUCAGAUGGGGCUUCCAGACCAACUGUAUGGAAUGGUAUGGUUCAUCAGCCCUAUAUUAGGAUUUUUGCUACAGCCUUUGCUGGGAGCCUGGAGUGACAGAUGCACAUCAAGAUAUGGGAGAAGAAGACCUUUCAUUCUGGUCUUAGCAGUAGGGGCAUUGCUUGGCCUCUCACUUAUGCUGAAUGGCAAAGAUAUAGGGAGUGCCUUGUCUGACACUGAGAAUAACCACAAAUGGGGGAUCAUUCUUACGGUCUGUGGUGUUGUCCUCAUGGACUUCAGUGCAGAUUCAGCAGACAAUCCCAGUCAUGCCUACAUGAUGGAUGUAUGCAGCCCAGUGGAUCAAGACAGGGGCCUCAACAUCCACGCUUUGUUAGCAGGUCUUGGAGGUGGCUUUGGUUAUGUUGUUGGAGGAAUACACUGGGAUAAAACCAGUUUUGGAAAAGCUGUAGGAGGGCAACUUCGCGUCAUCUAUGUCUUCACCUCAGUUAUACUGACUAUUGCUACCGUGCUGACUCUAAUUAGCAUUCCAGAAAGACCCUUAAGGUCCUUUAGCAGGAAGAAAAAGGUGAUGAAGAGUCCAAGUCUUCCUCUCCCUCCUUCUCCACCUUUCUUCUUUGAGGAGGGUGUAAAUGAAAACUUUGCUUCUCAUAACUCAGCUCACUUACAUGCAAGUUUUACGAGUCCCGUUUCCCCCAUCAGCCCACUCACACCAAAAUACGGGAGUUUUGUCAGCAGAGACAAUUCUUUGACGGGAAUUAAUGAGUUUGCAUCAUCAUUUGGGACUUCAAAUAUUGACAGUGUGCUUAUAGACUGUUUUACAGACGGGCACAAUAGUUAUGUAGCACUUCCAGCUAGUUUGGCCAGGCAGCCUGUCAGUGUUAGCUUUCCUCAGGUGCCUGAUGGCCGUUACCAAGGAGAAAAUGGAGUUCUGGAGCAAGGGGAGAACAGCAUAACAUCUGACGGUGACGCACUAAGAGUGGGCUCACUGGAUGCAAUAAAGCCACGGUCGUCAGGGAUCUUGAAAAGACCUCAGACCUUGGCCAUUCCAGAUACCAUAACAGGACACUGCCCAGAGAGUAACAGAAGAAGAAAUGUAACCUUCAGCCAACAGGUUGCUAAUAUCUUGCUGAAUGGUGUUAAGUAUGAGAGCGAGCUGAAUGAAUCAGACGAGACCUCUGAGCAACCACUCUCUGUGAAACUGCUUUGUUCGACCGUCUGCCAGAUGCCCAGGGCUCUUCGUAACCUCUGCAUCAACCACUUCUUAGGAUGGCUUUCGUUUGAAGGGAUGUUACUCUUCUAUACUGACUUCAUGGGAGAAGUAGUGUUUCAAGGGAAUCCAAAAGCACCUCACAACUCAGAUGAGUAUCAGAAGUACAACGCUGGGGUCACCAUGGGCUGCUGGGGAAUGUGCAUCUAUGCAUUCAGUGCUGCUUUCUAUUCAGCCGUGCUGGAGAAGCUGGAGGAGCGGUUCAGCACACGGACGCUGUACUUUGUGGCAUAUUUGGCCUUUGGGCUGGGCACGGGCCUAGCCACCCUCUCCAGAAACGUCUAUGUGGUGCUGUCACUGUGCGCUACCUACGGCAUUCUGUUUGCCACACUCUGCACGUUGCCCUACUCCCUGCUCUGUGACUACUACCAGAGCCGUGAGUUUAUAGGCUCGCAGGCAGAGGGCAUGCGGCGCGGGAUGGGCGUUGACAUCUCCUUGCUGAGCUGCCAGUACUUCCUGGCACAGAUCCUUGUGGCUCUGGCCAUGGGGCCACUGACAGCGGCUGUGGGCAGUGCCAGCAGUGCCAUGUACUUCGCCAGCCUGGUGUCCUUCCUGGGCUGUCUCUUCUCCUCCCUCUGUGUCACCUACGAGCUGCUGCCCACCGAGGAGCUUCCGCCUGCCGAGGAGCAGCGUCCGCUCUUGCCCCAUGCGCAGAAUGAAUAAAUGGGAGAAGCUGCCACAGCCUCUGCUGCCUCAUUGCAUCACCUUCAGCCUUCCUAUUGUGGCACAACAGGCUUGUGCACCUCUGGGAUGGCAGCAGUGGGCAUGGCAAAUGACGAGAAAGGUCUGCACUGGCUUUGCUGAGCUUUCCCCUGCCUGUGGGAAGGUGAGGGGUGAGUCAGCAGCGCCUGCACUGCUGGUCCUUCCCCUGAGGUGGCAAAGGCCUGUCUGUGCCCCUGGGCCACAGCAGCAGCAGGAAGUGGUGGGGCCAUUCCCUCCAGCUGCCUCGUGGUGCUGUCAUUCCCAGGGGAACCAGUGGUUUUGUCCAGCUUGAGGCAGGAGGCCCGGAAGUCUGGUACCUGAGCAGGGCAACCUCGGUCUCUUGAGUGGCAGGGAGCUGCUGGGCUGGGCUGCACACUCCACUGCGAGUACUGCCACUGUGGGAACAGCGAUCUGCCAGUCUGGGGGGCAGAAGGUGCCAUCUCAUGGCCAGGCAGAGCCCGAUCCUCCAUUGCCAAAGGCAGUGGUGAUUCCUGUGAGGCUUUUGGGAGCUGCGGGUCCAACCUACAGCCUCUGCCUAUGGUAGGCUGGGCUCUGGAGGGUGCUUUCUAAGACUUUGGAAAGGCUGAGAGCAACUGGUCCUGCUUAGGUGGUGUAAGUACUCUAUGAAGUUCCAUGGUUGGACUUCUACUUGUACAGAGCUCCCACCAAGUGCUACGAGAAACCACUGUGGGCUGAAAGUGGUGUGGCCUGACUCCCAAACCCUGCUCGUUAGGUCCUGGCUGUGGUCCUUGGUAAUGUUUGCCAAUAUGUGCAGAUUUCCUUCCACAUUAGACUUUUAAUUAAGACUACAGGGGUUUGUGAUGACUUAGCAGGAGGAUGGACAGUUGUCCAUAAUCCAGCUUUGGGGAGAAGGGUCUUUUUUCAUCAGCCUCUCUUGGGUAGUAGAAGCUUACUCUCAGAGCUAAGUUGAGAAUUUAAGAAAAAUAAUUUGUAUGAAAGCCUUCAUCACAUCAUUGUUGUUUAUACAGUUUUACCUUGUGACAUUUUAAAAUCUGCAUGGGGACCAGUGAAUAAGUGCUUGUCAGCUAGAACUGCAUCUUCCAUAUCUCAGUAAAACUAGUAAAAAAAGGGCUUUGGGUUUCAUUAUCUGCAAGAUUUUGUAAUUAUUCUGAUUUUAGAAGGUGGUAAAUGUGCGAGAACUUGUACAAGUUGUAGUUAAGGCCAGGAGUUAAUUUUAAGUCAUAAAUAAAGUUAAAACUAUUUCUAAAAUCCCUAUCAGUCUGCUUCCAUAUUUGGGUAGGCAGCCAAUGUUUACCAAGGCUGAGGGACACUUUGGUGUUUACACGUGCAUGGCAUCCCUGUAGAGGUUAUUUCUGCUUACUUGGUCUUUAGGUCUUGAGUAAGGGUUAUCACAGGAGGGUCACUCUUUUUAAAUGAGUUGUACUUAAUUGUACGCCUAAGUUUAUUCUGAUGCUUGAUCUACGAUGCCAAGAUGAAAUAAUUAGUGUAAUCAUUAGCUGUUGUGGCUUACUAUACUCCCAUGCUGAAAGCAUAAUACACAACUUGUAAGAACCCCUCAUUUUUAUCAUCUGUUCCUGAGUAUUACUUUUUUAAAAAUUUAUUUUAGAAGCAAGUCUCAUAUUACUCAGUGUUGACUUAAAUGGAGGAAUACUACUGAGAUUACAAAGUCAAGCACUCAGAGAUAAAGGACUAUCAGAUUGAUGAGUAUAUUCAUCUUUCAUUUCUUUUUUUGGGCUUAUGUAGUGUCAUAUCUGCAGGAAUAUCUGUGAUGUGUCAUUUCCUUGAUUAUGGGGCAGCUGUCUCCAAAAACGUUCAGGACAAAGCUGGAACAAAAUAGCAUGAGAAGUUGUUGGUACUUCUGAUUUUGACAAUCUAAAGACUUGACUUUGGAGAAUUUUUCUUUCUUGUUGGUCUGCCUUGUAACCUUAAUUUCUCUUCCUUAUCUUCUCAAACUUUUAAACUCAAAAAUUAUUUUAUUUCUUUGUUUGGUCUCACCAGCUAACGUGGUAUCAGGUCUUAAAAUGUUUUUUCCUCUUAAGUUUUGUAGCCAGCGUUAUUGCACUAAAUGAAUUGUGAGCACUUCCUUUUCUAGGUAGCUGGAGUUGCAGAUCAUUUUGUUGCAAGUGAAAAUCUUCAAAAGGUUCAUACAAUUGAUGAAAUCAGUGUAUCUGAUGAUAAUGUAUGUCUCCAUUACCAUCUGUAAAUAUUAUGAGCUACAUUUAUAUAGUUAUAAAACUAUUGCUAUGCCUAUAUGCAUUACCCGAUAAAAUAUAUAUUACAUUUUCUAUUUUAUGGGAUAUGGACUUUAUUUUGCAUAUGUAUUGAUGUAGUGUUACAUACAUAAUACUUUUAAGUCAACAUCACUGUGUGUUAAUUUGGGGCUUUGAGCAAUACUAGUGGUGUCUGGAAAAAAACCAGGGCCUGUCACUAUCAUGCAGAGUUGCACCAAAUCCAUAGAAAUAACUUUAAAAAGGUAUUACUUGCUUAUUCUCUUCGUCAUACAUUUUGUAUUUUACAGAAAUUACUGUAUAUGAUCCCUGUUGAACUGCAAGCUACAACGUGAUGUCUACCUUUUGGAAUCCAAACGCUUCAUAUUCUGUCUAAAUCUGCAAAUUGCUGAUUGGAAAAGAGAUGCAUGAGUUUAGGCAGGAAAAUGAUUUUACGCUGUGCUGUUUUUCAGUGAUGCCUAAAGGUUAAUUUUGAAUAAGUCCAUAUCAUUAAAGGCUGAUUGAUGGCAAUUAUUUGUGGAUGCUCAUAAGGUAUUUAUAACAGAUGUACAGAAGCAGGGAAAAUGGGGAGACUGAUGGAGAAAACACCUUAUCAGUUGUCUCAUGUUUGUAAUGAAGCUAGCUGUAAGCAUUUCAGCAUAUGUCUGCAGUUCACUCGACUUCUGCUGUGUCUCUCAAAAAAGACAACCUAAUAAUUUCAGAACUUCUGCUGUAUCUUUGAAUGGAAAAAAUGAGUCUUUUCAAGAAUCAAAUAGAAUAAAAUUGUAUGACUAUAUAUAUAAAGAAAAGCGGUAUUGUGAACUAUUCAAAA